AAUGCAUAUGAUGUAUUUUAUGCAUAAGCUCUAUCCAAAUUUGAGUUUAGUUAAAAAUGUUUCUGUGCACUAGGUUACAUCAACCCUGUCUUUCCAUCUGACAUCUGAACAUCAAAGCAUCAUGCCGGAAGAAAACAUUACCAAUGUUAAGAAUUUUGUCAUUCUAGGUUUUCCUGGACUUCCCCCUAAUUACUAUGGUCUUGUCUCAGUGGUUAUGUUUUUUGUUUAUGUAUGCACCUUAAUAGGAAAUUGUACAUUUUUUACAUUAUUUCUAAGAGAAAAAAGUCUUCAAAAACCUAUGUAUUAUAUCAUGUUAAAUCUUGCUGCAUCAGAUGUGCUGUUUAGCACCACAACUUUACCCAAGAUUAUUGCAAGAUAUUGGUUUGGUGAUGGCUCCAUUUCAUUUGCUGGCUGCUUUAUUCAGAUGCAAUUUGUGCAUUAUUUUGCUACAGUUAAUGCAUUGGUGCUAGCAGUCAUGGCCUUUGAUAGAUAUGUGGCAGUCUGUAAUCCACUCAGAUAUGUUAAUAUUGUCAAAGAAUCCACUAUCUUGGGUUUAUGUGUUGCAUCCUGGCUGUUAGCUGAGCCCACUGUCUUGACUACGGUAAUCAGGGCAACCUCUCUUCCUUAUUGUGCUUCCAACACAGUCAUCCAAUGCUACUGUGACCAUGUGUCUGUCACGAAGCUUGCAUGCAUUGACAGAACACCCUAUGCAUUUCCAGCUCUAGUUUCAGCUCUGGUUAUGCUGCUCACACCACUAGCAUUUAUUUUGUUCUCUUAUGGUUCUAUUAUUGUGACAGUGUUUCGAACUUCAUCCACACGUGGACGGCUAAAAACUCUCUCCACAUGCAGUUCUCAGCUUAUAAUUAUCACCCUCUUUUUUUUACCACGGUGUUUAAAUUAUUUAUCCUCCAGUUUAGGUAUACACAUCAACGCUGAUAUACAAAUACUUGUUAUUAUGUUGUACAGCCUGCUUCCCCCUAUGAUCAAUCCAGUCAUCUACUGUUUAAGGACAAAAGAAGCUAAAGAAUGCUUAAAGAGGAGCCUAAACAGGUCAUCGUUUGUUCAGUUUUUGAAGAUAAAUGUCCAGGUUUCUACUCUAUCUAAUUGAUUUAUUAAACACAUGUAUAAUGCUAAAAUAUUUACUAUUAUCAUUAUUAUUAUUACAGUUUAGGUAAGGGUUAGGGUUACAUUAACAUGUUCUUUAAAGACUAUCUUUGAAGAUAAAUGUCCAGGUUUCUACUCUAUCUAAUUGAUUUAUUAAAGACAUGUAUAGGGCGCAUGGUGGCUUAGUGGUUAACACCUCCAGGGUCGGGGGUUCGAUUCCCACUGUGGCCCUGUGUGUGCGGAGUUUGCAUGUUAUCCCCGUGCUGCGGGGGUUUUCUCUGGGUACUUCUGUUUUCCAAAGACAUGCAUGGUAGGCUGAUUGGCAUGUACAAAAGUGUCCGUAGUGUAUGAAUGGGUGUGCGAAUGUGUGUGAUUGUGCCCUGUGAUGGAUUGGCACCCUGUCCUUGUGUACCUCGCCUUGUGCCCAAUGCUCCCUGGGAUAGGCUCCAGGUUUCCCCGUGACCCUGAAAAGGAUAAAGCUGUAUAGAAGAUGGAUGGGUGGAUGGAUAGAACACAUGUAUAAUGCUAAAAUAGUUACUAUUAUUACAGUUUAGAUAAGGGUUAGGAUUACAUUAUGUUCUUUAAAGGUCAGCUUUGAAUGGCGAUGCAUGCACUUAUCACUGAGAAUUUAAUUUGUCCCACAGUAGCCUGGCUGGUGAGAGGUUUGUGUACAUUUAUGGUAACGCUUUACAAUAAGAGUACCUGAUUAAUCAUGUAUUAGGAUCUGAAUUAAUAGUUAUUUCACCAUGAACUAAUGGUGAGUGAAAGCAUGGAAUUAAUAAAGGGCUACAAUUAGCUAAGAAUGGAGUCAUGAGGAUUCAUGUGUUGAUAACGGCUACCUUAAACUUCAAAUCAACUGGACUCUUUUAUAAAGAAUGAAAGUAAAAGUAUAGUGCAUAACUGAAGAGAUGUGUGCAGAAAGUUCACCUUCCAAAGUUCAUUUCUAAAUUAUUCAGUUUGUU